AAGGCGGAGCUGAACCCCGUUUCCUCUCGGGGCCUGGGCCGGUUCCGGCCCCGCUGCACCUGCGUGUGGUCGCCCCCGGCUCCCCCGCUGUGUGCGGCUCGGCGGCGGCAUGGGCGGCGCGCGGGACGCGGGCUGGGUGGCGGCGGGGCUGGUGCUCGGCGCCGGCGCCUGCUACUGCAUCUACCGGCUGACUCGGGGCCCGCGGCGAGGCGGGCGCAAGCUGCGCCCUUCGCGGUCCGCAGAAGACUUAACCGAUAGUUCCUAUGAUGAGGUCUUAAAUGCAGAACAACUUGGGAAACUUCUCUACUUGCUGGAGUCAACUGAUGAUCCUAUAAUUGUUGAAAAAGCCUUGGUCACCCUGGGAAAUAAUGCAGCUUUCUCCACUAAUCAAGCCAUUAUUCGUGAACUGGGUGGUAUCCCAAUCAUUGGAAACAAAAUCAACUCUCUGAAUCACAGUAUUAAAGAGAAAGCGUUAAAUGCACUAAAUAACCUCAGUGUGAAUGUUGAGAAUCAAGUCAAGGUAAAGGUAUACGUCAGGCAAGUCUGUGAGGAUGUUUUUGCAGAUCCCCUGAACUCUGCUGUGCAGCUGGCUGGCCUGAGGUUGCUCACAAAUAUGACUGUCACCAAUGACUACCAGCAUCUACUCAGCAGCUACAUCACCGGCCUGCUCCACCUGUCACUUAUUGGAAACGGAAGCACCAAGGUUCAGGUUUUGAAGCUGCUUGUGAACUUGUCUGAGAACCCAGCCAUGACAGACGGACUGCUGCGUGCUCAGGUGGAUUCUACAUUUCUUUCCCUUUUUGAUGGCCAAAUAGCAAAUGAGAUUCUUCUUCGGGCACUCACCCUGUUUCAGAAUAUAAACAACUGCCUCAGAGAGGGCUGCCCAGCUGGCCAGCCACCCUUCGACAAAGGGUCAUUGUUCUCCCUGCUGUAUGGAGAAGACUGUGCCCAGAAAGUGAGGGCUUUGGUUUGCCACCAUGAUGUGGCUGUGAAGGAGAAGGCUUUAGCAAUAAUGCCAAAGUUCUGAUUGGUUGCUCCUGCUUUCCCUCAAUAAUACACAGCAGCUUACUGUCUACCGUCCUUUAAAGGGUUUUUUAGCUGAUGGAGUCAAACAUUAAAAGUCCUAUUAUUUGACACAGUUCAGGGUGAGCAGCUGUAACCCAGCAUGACACUCAACAGAUUUGGGGUCUGAGGAUUAGGUGUGAUCAGCAGUCUACAAAAUCCUCCAGCCUGGACAUUCAGAGCUUGUGGCUCACUUCUGGGACAAACGUGUAGCUAGGUCCAUGGACUGAUUUGCUCUUCAGGUUUAUUUUGAAUGAUUUUGCUGGUAUCAGAUGAGUAUGAGAGAUUGCAGUGCAGAUGCCUACUGAGAUUUUAAUGGUUGCCUCACAUGGAAUGAGUGGCCUUUCUCUGUACAAUCCUCACUCCUGGAUGUUCAGCUGCUCAUGAGCCUUAGGUGCUGAGUGGAAGACCAUGAAGACUAAAACUGCCACAGAAGCCUUGUACCUCAGCACAGUGAUAACCCAAGCUCAAGCCCUCCUGCCAACCCCCCAACCAUCAGUCCAUUUGCUCAUCUUCAGAAUCCCUCAUCAUUUCUGAUCAGUAAAACUGUAUUUCCACUCACAGGAAAUCCAAGUUUUCACCCACAGGCAGCUGAUAAACUAAGCAGCCACACUUUAAAAGAGAUGGACCCGAGUGAGUCUGACUGUACUCAGGCCUAAGAAAUUUAGGUUUCUAAAAGCAUGCUGUAAAACAAUGUACAAUAAGAAAUACAUUUAUACAUGGACAGACUUCUAGAAUGAUACAUAAACUUCUGGGCAUAGGACUGGGAGGUGGGUACAUUGGAUUUUCUAUGUGUACCCAUUUCUGCUGUUUGAAUUUUUUACUGAGUAUAAAUUGUAUAAUUUUUUAAUAAAAAUAAAAAAUGCAAAGGUGUACAAAA